CCCAGUGGUCCUCCAGAGCAAAGGCCAGCCUUCCUUCCAGCUGUCUGGCCAAGGAGCUUCAGGAUCUUCUAGCAAGCACCCCAGAGGCAGAAGACUGUCAUCCAUGGUACAGGACUGCGGCGAACAAGCUGACUGCGCAGUCACGUGGGGCUGACGGUGGGUCAUGUGACCAGGCUCUGCAUUAGGCCUGCCGAGAGGAGUGUUUUCUUGCAUCCAGAAAAGACCUGAGAGGCGGACGACACCUGUGCUCCGCAGAGCAGAACGUGGGAGGAACGGCGGGAUGUUAAGGAGCUCAAGAAGCAGAGAGUCUACCUGCCCGACGCGUACGUGGAGAGGAGCAGCGGUUGCUGUUGGAGGAGGUGGGUGCAAGGACGGCAGAUGGCAUCCCUGAGAGGUGGUGACUGAGACUAGAUGCGGGUGCAGGUCUGUUUCUUUCUAGGUUCCUGUAGAGAUCUGUAUGUAGCUGUUCACUUGGAAGUUAAUUAAGAAAGAACAAAAACUAUUCAUUUGGAUUCAAGGUCCAUCUCCACUGGUGGCUGUGGUGGCUUUGGAUUGUUGGAAGACCAUCACCUUCAGCAGGUCUGCACUUGGGAACAAUCAUUCUCCCCCAGCCCGAGCGUGCCUCUGCCCUCUGUAUCAUUGACAGAGGCUGUAUGUUUGGAAAGAGAACUUUGUGACUGCAGAACUGACAGUUGACUCUAAUUCUUGCUACCAAGUUUUUCCCCAACCCAGUGAAAGAGUGUUAAGACUUCGACCUAGGACACAUUGAGAACCAAGGCCAAGACUGGACAGGGCCAUAUAACUGGGCUUCAACCAUGGCUGGGACUAAGAAUAAGACAAGAGCCCAGGCCAAAACUGAAAAAAAGGCUGCUAUACAAGCUAAAGCUGGAGCAGAGAGGGAGGCUACUGGUGUUGUUAGGCCUGUAGCCAAGACCAGGGCCAAAGCAAAAGCCAAGACAGGGUCUAAGACAGAUGCAGUAGCAGAGAUGAAGGCAGUGUCUAAGAACAAGGUUGUUGCUGAGACGAAGGAAGGAGCUCUGUCAGAGCCUAAGACUCUGGGCAAAGCCAUGGUAGAUUUCACUCCCAAGGCUGGGAAUGAGUCCACCAGCUCCACAUGUAAAAAUGAGGCUGGUACUGAUGCCUGGUUCUGGGCUGGGGAAGAGGCCACUAUCAAUUCCUGGUUCUGGAAUGGAGAAGAGGCUGGUAAUAGUUUCAGCACUAAGAAUGAUAAACCUGAAAUUGGUGCCCAGGUCUGUGCUGAGGAGUUGGAGCCUGCGGCUGGGGCCGAUUGCAAACCUAGGUCAGGGGCUGAGGAGGAGGAGGAAGAGAAUGUUAUUGGGAACUGGUUUUGGGAAGGAGAUGAUACUAGUUUUGACCCUAAUCCUAAACCUGUGAGCAGGAUAGUUAAGCCUCAGCCUGUGUAUGAAAUUAAUGAAAAAAAUAGGCCCAAGGACUGGUCUGAGGUAACUAUCUGGCCCAAUGCCCCUGCUGUAACUCCAGCCGUGUUAGGAUUUAGAUCCCAGGCACCAUCUGAGACAAGCCCUCCUUCAUAUAUUGUUCUGGCCUCCGCUGAAGAAAAUGCCUGUUCUUUGCCUGUGGCAACAGCUUGCCGCCCUUCUAGGAACACUCGCUCAUGCUCACAGCCUAUCCCUGAGUGUCGUUUUGAUUCUGACCCCUGCAUCCAGACCAUAGAUGAGAUUAGACGUCAAAUCAGGAUCAGGGAGGUAGAUGGGAUUAAGCCAUUUGCUUGUCCUUGCAAAAUGGAAUGCUAUAUGGAUUCUGAGGAAUUUGAAAAACUUGUUAGCUUACUUAAGUCAACUACUGAUCCUCUUAUUCAUAAAAUAGCACGGAUUGCAAUGGGUGUCCAUAAUGUUCACCCAUUUGCCCAAGAGUUUAUUAACGAAGUAGGUGUAGUGACACUUAUUGAAAGCUUGCUCAGUUUUCCUUCCCCUGAAAUGAGAAAAAAGACUGUAAUUACUCUGAAUCCUCCUUCUGGGGAUGAAAGACAACGCAAAAUUGAAUUACAUGUUAAGCAUAUGUGUAAAGAAACCAUGUCAUUUCCUUUGAACUCACCGGGACAGCAAUCUGGAUUAAAGAUACUAGGACAACUGACUACUGAUUUUGUCCAUCACUACAUUGUUGCCAAUUACUUUUCAGAGCUUUUCCAUUUGCUGUCCUCAGGAAAUUGCAAAACCAGAAAUCUUGUUUUGAAACUACUUUUAAAUAUGUCUGAAAAUCCAACUGCAGCCAGAGACAUGAUCAAUAUGAAGGCAUUGGCAGCAUUAAAACUCAUCUUUAACCAGAAAGAGGCAAAAGCCAAUCUUGUUAGUGGUGUGGCCAUAUUUAUUAACAUAAAGGAGCAUAUCAGAAAAGGCUCAAUUGUAGUUGUUGAUCACUUGAGUUAUAAUACACUCAUGGCCAUUUUCAGGGAAGUUAAAGAGAUUAUUGAAACAAUGUAAAAUGAGCCAGAGAUAGAACAUUUUAAGCCAUCUUCAAACUCUAGCAGGCUGUACAUUACAGUGUACACAUUAUACACUGCAUCUUUAACACAGAGUCACCUGUGACAGGCUCUAGGUUUGAGCUAGACUAUUUUGGGGGUAUCAAAUGAAUAUUAUACCUUGGGCUGAAAAUGUUUGAUUUUUAUCUUGUCUAGAUUGGCAUAUUUUUAACAUUUUACUUAAGAUAGCAAACCAGUUCGUUUUAAGUAAGCUAACUUGUUCAUUAGUAUCUGCUUAGAUACAUCUGUGGCUUAAAAUGGCAAAAAAGAAAAUAUCCUUGAGUUUGUAAUCUAGUUACAGAAGUAAGGCAUACACACACACAAAGAUAACAGUACCUAGAGAGAGAGUGUGUGUGAGUGUGCGUGUCUCUGUGUGUGCACGUGCACGCUCAUGGCCAAAUGUGCGCACUCUACAUAAAGGAGGCAGGAGUUCCUAUAGGCUAUUUAAUGUAAGAGAAACUACUAUUUUUCUCCUGUUCCAGCUGUAUCAGGUACUCGUUCCGCAACACAGAAAUGACUCAGAAUCUCAGACAAAAUGUAUUAUUUGUUCAAUUUUAAUUUUGCUACUACAUUCAUAACUCUUAAAUUGUUAGGCUGUUUCGUUUACAUCAAAGUUAUCUCACAAAAGAGAAGGCAGGAAACGUUUUGUGAGUGCCUAUUCUAUGUCAAACACUGUGUUGGCACCAUAUUUUACAAGUUUUUUUCCUCUUCUCACAGUGAUCUUGUGAGUUAGUUACUUAUAUUUUUAUUAGAACUCAUUAUUCUGGGUACCCUCCAAUGAGAAUUAGAGAGGUUAAAUACCUUUUCCUAGAUUCCCACAGCAGGAAGGUGGCAUAGCUGUUUUGUCUGACACCAGAACCCAUCUCACCACACUGCUUUACAGUCUUCCUGAAGGACAUUUUGAGGUGGGGGGGGGGGGCCUUCAAAGCUCAGAGACUGGUUUGAAUGGUUUAAUUUUGCAAUGGAUCAUGUCCAUGCCAGGUGUUACAAUUCUUAACUUCCUCCAAAUUCAUGUGUCCAUUAGACAUUUGGCUACAUCUGGCUGGAGGUCAGGAGAAAAUUCUGAGGUAAAUAGAUGGAUUUUAUCUGGCAGUGUCGAAAAUAGUAGGAGCCCAAAACUUUGUUCAAUGAGUAAGAUGUAGAUUUGGAGUCAUCAGCAGGGGAAACUUGUUAGAUGUCCUUUGUAUAUUUUUCUAUCCAUUUGUAUUUUUUCUUUCCCAAAGAGCUGAAAUCAUUUUAUACCCUGAAUUUAAAAGGUAAUUGCUUUUUUCCUCCUUGCGAAAUCAUACCUUAAUUUUUUUUUUUUUUUUUACCAUUUAUGAUUUAUUCUCCUAUGUGUCAUAUGAAAGGCCAAGGGGCUUUAUCUUUUACUAGUAGGCAAGCCUGGGCAUUUCUGCAUUUGUGCCAGCUAACACUACAAAAUAGACUUAAUUAGAGAAAUUUAGACCCAGAAUUGCAGCUUCAACAACACAAAACAGGAAAGCUAGAAGAGGUUGCUGUGUCAACCUACAAGAUAGUGAUUCUUGGAAGUUGGUCUGGACCAGAAAGCAUUCCCAGGACAUUUAGGCUAUGGCUGAGUUCUCUAAGACUCAGGGUGGGAAUUAUAAUCCCUGGUCUAAGCUGAUAUGAAAGUUUCUAUGUGUGAAAAUAUGGAGUUAUAUGCUUUGAGAUUUUCUGCCAGUUAAGAAACUAAAACAAGAUCAUACUGUAAAUGUUUGUAACUUGCUUCCCCCCACUUGUAUACUGUAAACAUCUUUGCAUGUCAAUAAAUAUGCCUCUACAACAUA